AGACAAGGAUCACAGGCAGAAGAUCCGGAUCACACCGCCGCAGCCGCAGAGCCGUUCUCUCUUUUUUUUUUUUUUUUUUUUUACUUUGGGACAAUUUUAACAGGAACAACAUUACGAGUAUGGUGGCUGCGUGAAAAGAAAGGAGAGAGAGAUGGCACAGAAAGACACGCUGCUUCAUCUUUUCGCCGGGGGGUGUAGUGGAACGGUGGGAGCCAUCGUGACCAGCCCCCUGGAGGUGUUGAAGACACGGUUGCAGUCCUCCGGCCUCACCCUCCGGCCCGUCUUCCAGGUCCAGCUCGGCACCCUUAGUGGCACCGGGGUUAUCCGACCAGGAACUGUUACACCUGGGUUGCUGCAGGUCCUGCGAUCAAUUCUCGAAAAAGAAGGACCAAGAUCACUUUUCCGUGGUCUGGGGCCGAAUCUCGUUGGUGUAGCCCCCUCAAGAGCACUUUACUUUGCUGCAUACUCAAAAUCUAAAGACACAUUCAAUGGGCUGUUCGUUCCUAAUAGUGGAGUGGUGCACAUGUCCUCUGCUGGUGUCGCAGCUUUCAUUACCAACUCUCUGAUGAACCCCAUCUGGAUGGUCAAGACCAGGAUGCAGCUGGAGAAAAAAGCCAGAGGAGAGAAAAAGAUGAAUGCGCUGCAGUGCGCCCGCUAUGUUCACAAAACGGAGGGGAUCCGGGGCUUUUACCGAGGCCUGACUGCAUCUUACGCUGGCAUCUCGGAGACCAUGAUCUGCUUCCUCAUCUACGAGACACUGAAGAAACACCUCGCCAAGAGCCAAUUCGCCUCCCCGAAUGGCGAGAAGGAAAAAGGAGCAAGAGACUUCCUCAGCUUGAUGGUGGCAGCUGCAAUUUCAAAGGGUUGUGCGUCCUGCAUCGCCUACCCACACGAGGUCAUACGAACGAGGCUGCGGGAGGAAGGCAGCAAGUACAAGUAUUUCUUCCAGACAGGGAGGUUGAUAGCGGUGGAGGAAGGCUACGCGGCUUUUUAUAGAGGACUCGUUCCACAGCUAAUUCGACAAAUCCCCAACACAGCCAUCGUCCUCUCCACUUACGAACUCAUUGUUCAUCUGCUGGCAGACUCCAAGUGAAGCCAUUUUUGGAAGUUGGCAGCUUCCUGACAAAUGGUGGAUUCCUCACAAAAACCCAAGAUAUACUGAGCAAGAGACUUUUGAAAACGUAGCACAUACUGUUCAUACCUUGAUGUGGUGCUACAGAGACUUUUAUGGUGGAACUGAAGCAGAUUGUACUGUUAUCCAAAGAGCUAAACAGAUUAUUUUAUUGAAAGCUUGUUGUGAGGAGGUUAUCAAAAUAAUACACAAAGUCCUGGUACUUAUUGAAACUCCAAACCUGUGAAAAAAAGGUCAUCUACUUAGACGACUAGUGUUAAGUUAACUAAGUUAUUGUAUGUUUUGUUAUUUUAUGACAAUGUUUGUUUCCUUUUAUCAGUGGUGAUUGUUCCAUCAAACACACACACACACACACGGGUUGACUCGUUUGGUUAACAAAGGGAAGUUAUUCAGAUUGAGUGCAAGUAAUGCUGCUGUUCCUAGCAGUGUAAUGGCCACAGACCAUUUUGAGAUUUCUGUUUCACUAAAACAAUGUGGUGGUUUUGAAUUACAAAGAAAGUUAUCAUAUUUUUCAUUAAUAUAUAUCUAUAAAUAUAUGCAGGUUUAUCUGUAUUUUUUUCUUUGUGAAGAAGAUGGUCACCUUUUCCAAUACGAUGAGAACUUGGAUGCUUAUUUGACCAGUGGUUCAAUAAACUGCAUCAAGAAACUA